AGGUCAACAGUGAGGCGGGUUCGCUUCUUGGAAGGCUGAGACAACCUCUCUUCCUUUUCUUAUCCGUCCUCCUACUGGCAAUACCAUGGAUCCUGGACAACUCUACAUCAACACACCGACCGUGAUUGGCAUCUCAGUCGCGAUAGCCGGAAAUGUCCUCAUUUCAUUGGCUCUUAAUGUGCAAAAGCUCGCGCACAAACGAUUAGAUGCUGAGAAAUUAUCCUCACUAAACAAUUUUGGGAAGGAUGGCGCAGCAAAACCUCAGGAUGACGGUCAUAGUUCUGGUCCAAGUCUCAACGAAAGGGAUGAAGACCAGGAGGCAGAAGCGGUGGGUGUGGUGCGCCCAGAUGACGAAUCAGAUAUCUUUCGGUAUCCAGAGACGGUACCGUUGAUGUCGCCGAAUGGCCAGACGAAUUACGGAUCAUCUCCUUCCCCCCGAAAGCCACACAAACGAAGCUUUGCUGAAUUCUUGUCGCGGCCUAGGUUUGGGAGAAGACCGAAGGUGCCUAUGGUGGAAAUUCCAGUCGAUGUAGUGGUCGAGGGAAACGCGUCGCCUCAACAAAAUAAGUUCAAUGAGAAUGGUCGCGCUGAGGAGCUUGAACAGAAUGAAGGCGAUUAUCUGAAAUCCAAGCUUUGGUGGUCUGGUUUUCUCCUCAUGAACGUUGGUGAAAUAGGCAACUUCAUAUCGUAUGCCUGGGCGCCUGCUUCGGUUGUUGCACCUCUGGGAACUUUUGCUCUCAUUGCUAACUGUUUCUUUGCUCCCCUCUUACUCCGGGAACAAUUUCGCAAGCGCGAUAUACUUGGGAUACUACUCGCUAUCAUUGGAGCUGUAACAGUAGUGCUUGCCUCCAGUUCUUCCGAUACACGUCUUGAUCCCGACGGUCUGAUGAAAGCUAUAUCACAAACUCCGUUCAUCGUCUACUCAUGCAUUUACGUCGCUGGAUCAAUAAUACUUUCCAUUUUAUCCGAAGGAACUCUGGGUCGACGAUGGGUUACCAUUGACGUAGGUUUAUGUGCUCUUUUUGCAGGGGGCUUUACUGUUCUUUCAACAAAAGCCAUAUCCACCCUACUGACGAUGCAGUGGAUAGAAAUGUUCGCAAGCCCUAUCACAUACCCAGUCCUUCUUGUUCUUGCAGUUACAGGCAUAGGGCAAAUCAGAUACCUGAAUCGCGCCUUGAUGAGGUUCGAUAGCAAGAUCGUCAUACCCACUCAGUUUGUUUUGUUCAACCUUUCAGCCAUCGUAGGAUCUGCGCUACUGUACGGCGACUUCCAAAAGGCGUCCUUCCACCAAAUUGUAACAUUCCUAUACGGCUGUGCAGCCACUUUUGCGGGUGUAUACAUCAUCGCGCGGUCACCCUCAGACAACAAUGCUUCCGACCAGUCAGAGGAUCAAGUACAGACAGAAGAUACGCAGAGCGGAAACGCUCCCGAAGACACUCAGUCCCCACGUGCAAGACGAGCGACACUCGUACUUCCGUCGCCGAGGGACACUCCGGGUCUAAACUUAAGGCAUAGGCAAAGUACUGUCAAUCUAAUAGGUUUAACAUCGGCUCAGCAUCUUUUGUUGGUGCAUACACCUCCCCGUGAGUCACUUGCCCGGGAGCGGGAUUUCGAACGAGGCACCCCUGUUCUAACGCCAGACCCUUAUCAACGACAUCGAGCCCAAAGUUGGAGAAGCGAUGGCUCACUUGACGUUAUUCCCAGGGAUAGCAGCGUUUCUCGCCGACCCCAAGAGGAUGCCCGUCGCUCGAGAAGCGGAGGCGAAACACCUCGGUGACCUGUGGCGUCUAGCUUGAUCUGUUUAUGUUAUGCCGGAAUUAUCUUUAUGAAUAGUCGCGGUUUUACUCUAGUUUUUUAAGUU